AUGAAGAGAAGUGAAAAGCCAGAAGGAUAUAGACAAAUGAGGCCUAAGACCUUUCCUGCCAGUAACUACACUGGCAGCAGUCGGCAGAUGCUGCAAGAAAUUCGGGAAUCCCUUAGGAACUUAUCCAAACCAUCGGAUGCUGCUAAGGCUGAGCAAAACAUGGGUAAAAUGUCAGCUGAAGAUCCGCGGCAAGUCAGAAAUCCACCCAAGUUUGGGAUGCAUCAUAAAGCCUUGCUGGAAAUUCGAAACUCUCUACAACCAUUUGCAAAUGAAACAAGUCGGAGUCCUUCAGAAGUUAAUCCACAAAUGCUUCAAGACUUGCAAGCUGCUGGAUUUGAUGAGGAUAUGGUUAUACAAGCUCUUCAGAAAACUAAUAACAGAAGUAUAGAAGCUGCAAUUGAAUUCAUCAGUAAAAUGAGUUAUCAAGAUCCUCGACGGGAACAGAUGGCCGCAGCAGCUGCCAGACCUGUUAAUGCCAACUUGAAGCCAGGGAGUGUGCAACAAUCAAUUAACCGCAAACAAAGCUGGAAGGGUUCUAAAGAAUCCUUAGUUCCUCAGAGACAUGGUCCACCACUAGGAGAAAGUGUAGCAUACCGUUCUGAAAGUCCCAACUCACAGACAGAUGUAGGAAGACCUUUGUCAGGAUCUGGUAUAACAGCAUUUACUCAAGCUCAUCCUAGCAAUGGACAGAGAGUGAACCCCCCACCACCUCCUCAAGUAAGGAGUGUCACUCCUCCACCACCUCCAAGAGGCCAGACUCCCCCUCCAAGAGGUACAACUCCGCCUCCCCCAUCGUGGGAACCAAACUCUCAAACAAAGCGCUAUUCUGGGAACAUGGACUACGUCAUCUCCCGAAUCUCUCCAGUUCCACCUGGAGCCUGGCAGGAGGGCUAUCCUCCACCACCUCUUAACACAUCCCCAAUGAAUCCUCCUAAUCAGGGACAGAGAGGCAUUAAUUCUGUUCCUGUUGGCAGACAGCCAAUCAUCAUGCAGAGCUCUAACAAAUUUAAUUUUCCACCCGGGAGACCUGGAAUUCAGAAUGGUAGUGGUCAGACUGAGUUUAUGAUGCACCAGAAUGUUGUCUCUGCUGGCACUGUCAGUCGGCAGCCACCCCCUCCAUAUCCUCUGACCCCAACUAAUGGACAAAGCCCCUCUGCUUUACAAACAGGGGGUUCUGCUGCUCCGUCAUCAUACACAAAUGGGAACAUUCCUCAAGCUAUGAUGGUGCCAAACAGAAAUAGUCAUAACAUGGAACUUUAUAACAUUAAUGUACCUGGACUGCAAACAACUUGGCCUCAGUCAUCAUCUGCUCCUGCCCAGUCAUCCCCAAGCAGCGGACAUGAAAUCCCUACGUGGCAACCUAACAUACCAGUGAGGUCAAAUUCUUUUAAUAACCCAUUAGGAAACAGAACAAGUCAUUCUGCUAAUUCUCAACCUUCAGCUACAACAGUCACUGCUAUUACACCAGCUCCCAUUCAACAGCCUGUGAAAAGUAUACGUGUAUUGAAACCAGAGCUGCAGACUGCUUUAGCACCUACACACCCUUCUUGGAUACCGCAGCCCGUUCAGAGUGUUCAACCUAGUCCUUUUUCUGAGGGUACCGUUAUGCCACCUGUUGCUGAAGCUCCAAACUAUCAAGGUCCGCCACCACCUUAUCCCAAGCAUCUGCUACACCAAAACCCAUCUGUUCCUCCAUAUGAAUUGGUCAGUAAGUCUAGCAAAGAGGAGCAGCCAAGCUUGCCUAAGGAAGAUGAGAGUGAAAAAAGUUAUGACAGUGUUGAUACUGGAGAUAAAGAAAAGAAACAGAUUACCACUUCACCUAUCACUGUUAGGAAAAACAAGAAAGAUGAAGAACGAAGGGAAUCUCGUAUUCAAAGUUACUCUCCUCAGGCAUUUAAAUUCUUCAUGGAGCAACAUGUAGAAAAUGUGCUCAAAUCUCAUCAGCAACGUCUACAUCGUAAAAAACAAUUAGAGAACGAAAUGAUGCGGGUUGGAUUAUCUCAAGAUGCCCAAGAUCAAAUGAGAAAGAUGCUUUGCCAAAAAGAGUCUAAUUACAUCCGUCUUAAGAGGGCUAAAAUGGACAAGUCUAUGUUUGUGAAGAUAAAGACAUUAGGAAUAGGAGCAUUUGGUGAAGUCUGUCUAGCAAGAAAAGUAGAUACCAAGGCUUUGUAUGCAACAAAAACUCUUCGAAAGAAAGAUGUUCUGCUUCGAAAUCAAGUUGCUCAUGUCAAAGCUGAGAGAGAUAUCCUGGCCGAAGCUGACAACGAAUGGGUAGUUCGUCUUUAUUAUUCAUUCCAAGACAAAGACAAUUUAUACUUUGUAAUGGACUAUAUUCCUGGGGGUGAUAUGAUGAGCCUAUUAAUUAGAAUGGGCAUCUUUCCAGAAAAUCUGGCACGAUUCUACAUAGCAGAACUUACCUGUGCAGUCGAAAGUGUUCAUAAAAUGGGUUUUAUUCAUAGAGAUAUUAAACCUGAUAACAUUUUGAUCGAUCGUGAUGGUCAUAUUAAAUUGACUGACUUCGGCCUCUGCACUGGCUUCAGAUGGACACAUGACUCUAAGUACUACCAGAGUGGUGACCAUCCACGGCAAGAUAGCAUGGAUUUCAGUAAUGAAUGGGGUGACCCCUCUAACUGUCGAUGUGGUGAUAGACUGAAACCACUGGAGCGGAGAGCUGCACGCCAGCACCAGCGGUGUCUCGCACAUUCUUUGGUUGGGACUCCUAAUUAUAUUGCGCCUGAAGUCUUGUUACGAACAGGCUAUACACAGUUGUGUGAUUGGUGGAGUGUUGGUGUCAUUCUUUUUGAAAUGUUGGUGGGACAGCCGCCUUUCUUGGCACAGACACCAUUUGAAACACAAGUGAAGGUUAUCAACUGGCAAACAUCUCUUCACAUCCCACCGCAAGCUAAACUGAGUCCUGAGGCCUCUGAUCUUAUUAUUAAACUCUGCCGAGGACCAGAAGAUCGCUUAGGCAAGAAUGGUGCUGAUGAAAUAAAAGCUCAUCCAUUUUUUAAAACAAUUGAUUUUUCCAGUGACCUGAGACAGCAAUCUGCUUCAUACAUUCCUAAAAUCACACACCCAACAGAUACAUCAAAUUUUGAUCCUGUUGAUCCUGACAAGUUACGGAGUGAUGAUAAUGAGGAAGAAAAUGUAAACGACACUCUCAACGGAUGGUAUAAAAAUGGAAAGCACCCUGAACAUGCUUUCUAUGAAUUUACCUUUCGGAGGUUUUUUGAUGACAAUGGCUACCCUUACAAUUAUCCAAAACCUAUUGAAUAUGAAUAUAUUAAUUCACAAGGCUCAGAGCAGCAGUCAGAUGAAGAUGAUCAGCACACAGGCUCAGAGAUGAAAAAUCGUGAUCUAGUGUAUGUUUGA